ACCAGUCCCCCAACUCACCAGUCAGUUCAGUCCACCACCCCACCUCCUCCCCUCCGCUCCUCUCUCCCCCUCCCCCACAGCUCCCUCGUCAUCGUCAUCCCCGCUACUCCUGCCGCUUCUUCUCUUCCCCCAGACUGCGUCAGUCGUCAGCGUCAUCCGGAUCCCCGCCAGGAGCUCGCGACCGAGCAAUCCGAGGAGAAUCCAGCCAGAACCAGAACCAGAACCAGGAAAAUUCGGAACGCAAGUACAAAGCCAGUUGUAGACCCGGCUGGAGAAACCUCAGGGACCAUCCACAUCCAUCUCGACUCGAAGCAACCAGGGGAACACGAAAGCCAGUUGAAAGUUGGUGUUGUGCUAGCUUGAUAUUUUUCUGGGGUAUGCUUUUUCUGGACGGCGAUUUACUGCAGUUCGGGAAAGAUGUUAUUAAAGAAUCAAGGGUUGCACAUUCAUUGGGUAAUGGCUGGAGAUGUAGCUGAGAGAGCCAGAUCACAAGCAUGGACAGGACAGCAAAUGUGGUAUUGGAUAUUGAGGGCCUGCCUCAACAACCUGAUAAAUGCUGCACUGGAAGUCCAAAGAUGACCAGAGCCCUGUCCCGUAAGGGUCCGAACCGCGCGGAGAGGAGGGGCGGUGAAGAGCAGGAGCCAGAUGACUUGGCAAAAAAAGUUAUCAUUAAAGUUGUGCCAUCUCAGUUGGAGCAGAUCAAGUUGCCGCUAGUGCACAACAAAACUUUGGUCACUCCACAUUGCACUGCCACCGCACCUGUUCUGACUGACUCUGUUGAAGGAAGGUCCAAGAGAUUUAAUCGACUCACGGCGUUUCAUCCGCGGAGAAUUCUUCUCUUCUUUGCAACUUUGUCGAGCGUGGGGACGAUGGUGCUGAUAUACUUCACCCUCGGCAUCACCGGCAAGGUGGAAGCAUAGUCUCUCUUUACAUUGGCGGCGUGGGACGGCGGCGCGGCGGUACAUUCCAUAGCUAGGACCAGCUUUCUUUCUUUUCAGUUGUUGCUUUGUUUGGGGGAGAUGAAGUACUAGUACUGUAGCAUUAUAGCGAUGCAACAGCAAUGGAGACGACACAGUCAGGCUGGCCAUGCUGCUCGACCAAGCGGUGUUCGUCAUCACUGCCGCCCAGCCCAGUGUGGUGCUCCUUGGCCUCCUAUAAAUUUUCUUCCGUUGUGUACGUAUAAAAGAAAGAGUGUGUGACAGUGUGAGACUGACACAGAGUGCCGUUGGUGGUGAUGAUGAUGAGUGCGCGCUGUGUGGGCGCACUGUGCUGAGCUCUAUGGGGGCAGUUUCUCCUCGUUCCUUC